AGAUUGAUGUAGAUCUAGGCUUAGACUGUGUGUGAAACCCGUACCACUACCACUAGGCCUACCAGCGUUUACACAUUUGUACCGUACUAUACUCGACGUCGGCGAUUUACCCGAAUUCGACGCUGUUUUCUUGUAUUAACUUUCGUAAACAUGUCUUGGGAUUCAUACGUCGACAAUCUUAUAGCUCAGUCCAAAGAUGCGUCAGGUACCACCCAUUGCGACAAGGCCUGUAUAAUCGGUAAAGAUGGAUCUGCUUGGACCACGAUGCCGACAUCCGAUACCAGUAACAAUUUAAAGCUAACCCCGGAAGAGAUGGCAAAUAUAGCAAAAUGUUUCAAGUCGAAGGAUUUCGCAGCUUUCAUGUCCUCUGGAAUAUAUGUUAACGGGACAAAAUACCAAUUCUUAAGGGAAGAAGACUCAAAGUUGGUGUUGGGGAAAAAGAAAGGUGAAGGAUCACUCACAUUGCAAAGCAGCAAGACAGCGAUUGUAAUCGGUCAUUGCCCAGAAGGAGGCCAGCAAGGGAAUUUGAAUAAAGCAGUUGGCGUAAUAGCAGAAUAUUUGGAGAGUUUGAGUAUGUAAUGUAUGCCCAACCAUAGGAUAUUGUAUAUGGCAAGAAGAUUUGGCUUGAGGUUGGAUGACAGGAAAGGAGCUCAAGAAAAACGGAAGAUUCAAGGAAUAAUUUUAAGAACACCAUGUCUUCUCCUUGACUUCAUGUGUUUGAAUGGCUGGUUAACUGAACACAUCAGCUUUUUGGAGAUGUUACACUCACUCAUAAAAACUAUACUUACAUUUUAUACAGCUACAGGAUCAGAUCAAUUUAGUAUAAAGUUAUGUGACAAAACCCUUCUAGGGAUAAAACUUAAAAGGGGCAAACAAACUGUUUUAUGUUUAAUUUGAAGAAACAAAAUAUGUAUCUUGAGUACAUGUGCAAGUGUUGGAAACAUCAAUAGCUGUUAUAAAGAAAAGAAACCCUAAUCCAUUAAACAUGACUGUUAUUUAGUCUAAGGUAGUGGUUUACCUUGUAUAAAAACAUGCAACAGCUGUUCUAACUGUUAAAUACCAAAAAUAGAAAAUGUUAUGAAAGUGAUUUUGUAAAGAAGAACAUCCUGUUUGAAAACUUUCCUCAAAACGAAGGAUUUGGAAGAUUUUUUUCUUUCUUUUGCUUAUGGAUUUAGGCAUGUCAUCUAAUAGCAAUUGGCUAUUGUGUGCGGCACUUCUAACAAAUAUUAUUCAAUUUUUUUCUCAUCAGUUGUACAAUGUUGUCCAUGAAGGCAAUUAGAUAGAUUAAUUGCAUUUAAAAGACAUAGAAAUUGCAUGAUGUUAACUACAGAUUUUCAUUUGUCAUAAAAAUGCUAUGGAACCUAUGAAUUUUUGUUUUAUAAAGUUAUUAUGGUACAAUUCUGAUGCCAUGCCAUUUUUCAUGUUUGAAAAUCUUUGUAAUUCAUAAACUUGAUCUUAACCAUUAAAGCUUGGAUUUGAUUUUUA